ACGGACACGCACUAUUACCCGCCAAGAACUUUCAAGAAUCCUCUUACAGUUUCCCCAGUCUGUUUUUUUUACUUGAAAAUCUUUUCAAUUCCAAACCCACACACAUCACAAUCACAAUAACACACCACAGCCAUUAUGAAACCCACUCAUCGUCGCAGACUCAGCUUCUCCUCCUCCUCCUCUUCCACAGUCGUCUACGCUCUACGCAAUGACCAACCUGCCCCUCCCUCAUCCAGCACCCAAGUCCCCGUUCAGUCCUCUGGAACCCCGAUUCCGAUCACCCUGCAUGUCCCGCAGUCCACCGCCGCCGUCAAAAUCCAGUCAGCCUACCGGAGCCACCUGAUCCGCAACCUCUACAAGACGAUCGCGGCGGUCCAUUCCGAGGCCGAUGAGUUCCGGCGCCUGAUACAAAGCCAGGACACCGUCGACGCCGUGAGGAGCAGCGAGCGGGAGAAGCUGAAAGUGAACGAGGCGCUGAUGAAGCUGCUACUGAAGCUGGACUCGGUCCCCGGGGUGGACCCCACUGUGAGGGAGGCGAGGAGGAAGGUGAGCCGUAGGAUCGUGGGGCUGCAGGAGAUUGUGGACGCGAUUGUUCAGGUGGACGUGGACGGGUUCUGGGGGAGCAGCAGCGGUGGGUUUGGGAGGGACUACUGGAACGACGUGGUGGCGGAGAUGGUGGAGGAGGUGUGUAGGGAGAGAGGAGGUGAGGAAAUGGAGAGGUUUUGUGCUGAGCAUUUGGGAUUUCGUUGCUUGCAGAGGUUUCUAAGUCAGCCGUGAUCUUGUGGCUGAGCUGCCACUGCUUCGCCGCCGUGUAUACGCUUAUAGGGUUAUAGCUAUAUCUAUCAUGUUUCAUUUUUGGUCAAUAAAACCUGCUUCAUAAGGCUUUUUUCUGAUUUUCAACAGCAUUAUUAACAUGCAAAUAGAUAUUAGAUUUCACCAGCCAAACAUA